AAGGCUGUGCGCCUUUCUGACAAGCUCUACAAGCCGAAGGCUCUUUUUAUUUCAGAGUUACUAUUUUCGAAUUACUAUUUGUUUAACUUCCAGUAUGUUAACAGUCUGGGUGUUAUUCAAAGCAAUGCUAAGGCCAAUCACAUCCCGAGGAGUUUUCUGGUCGGUAAGCGGCUGGCCCAAUGUCUUCAUCCGGCUCUUCCACCGGGGGUUCAUUGUAAAGCGCUGGAAUGUUACGACACGAUCUUUCGAACAAUUGGUCCAACCAAACUGGCGACCGAUUUAUCAAUCUACGGGUCUGGAUUAUUCACUGUUCUCGGUCCCUCGGCGAUGACCGUGAAACCACCAUUGUUUGACGUCUUCGAGGAACAUUUAUUAUCAUUGGGAAAUGCACUGCAUCCAGCAUUUUCUGGUUUAUUGUUGGUGCGUUUCGUUCCAUCCUGCUUGUGCCUGACUGGAUUAAUUGGUGUUGCUAGGGUAAUCAAACGUAUGCUAGACUCCUUUGUGCCGGUGUUUCAGUUUUGUUCAUCUACUCUUUGGAACGACCGAAUCACGUGA